AUGAGUACAUUUAUCCCCUCCGACACCAAUUGUGGUGUAAUGAAUUGUAAUAAAACAGCUUUGAGUGAACCGGUACCGUAUCAGGAUGUACACGUAUUCUACCUCGAUAAAGGAAGUGAAGACGGAACAUUAUAUUUUAAAAAAUGUCCAAAAUGCAAAGCAAUUUAUUAUUAUAAUUUCACUUUACUAAGUAACGGUGAACGAAUAAGUUCUUUGAAAACCGACAACGAUGUCGUUCUAUGGUUCGCUAAUGUUGGUUAUCAUAAACGACUUAUGCGUCAGUUAGAUUCCGAUAUUUUACAUAAACAUAGUGGUUUUUCAAAUUUUGCUAAUGCCGACAAUUAUUUUUGCGAGAAAACAAAUAUCAUUAAUCGAAAACCAAUGGAUAGGAUACACCUUGAAAAGACGUGGCUUUUUUGGCGAUUAACCCAUUACUUUGAUCGUGAGAACAUAAAUUUAGCCACCCCAGCAAGUUUUGAGUUUCAUUAUACUCUAAUGAAUCUGCGGGAAGUCUGUCGCACCGUGUUCGUCAGAAGAUGGAGCAGUAAAAGCCAUUCUAGGUAUUGUACUAAAGAUUGCAGCCAACUUCUCGUUCUCGAUGGACAUCAAAAAGCAACCAGACGAGUCUGUUCAGUCAAAGAACUUACAACGCCAAGUAGAGAAUUAGGAACGGUAAAAGUUGGGUGCCAUCGUACUCCAAAAAGAGGAGAAAAAAAUUGUCAUGAGCAUAUUUUUUUCCAAGAACCCCUUACAAUACCUUUGGUGAAAAAAAAGAGAAAAACGUAUAACUCGCGGAGAAAGAAAAAACCAAUAAGAGCGACAAGAUUUCUAACAUGUCGUACAUUAAAAUCAAAAAAUCAACAACGCUUUUUGCAUCGAACAUCUGGCAUAAUUGCUGCAGUUUAUAACUGCGGAUAUAUUUGCGCACUUCAAGAACUGUACGGUGCAGAAAGUAUUUCACAGGUGUAUAUGUUUUUAGUUCAGAUAGUCAACGAAUUUGAAAAUACACCUACAGUGUUAGCUUAUGAUGAUGCUUGUCAUCUCGUAUCAUUUAUAAAAAAUGCUAAAAAUUUUGAACGAAGAACGGCUGCUAGGAAACGAAUUGACAACAUGACUAUUGUAUGUGAUAAAAUGCACUACAAAAAUCAUGUUGAUCCACGGUGCAGAAGAAAUUGCAGUCCUUAUAACCAUGAGAUUGCAAAAAGGGUUAAUACGGAGAAAACAGAAAACAAUGAAGUAAAACUGAAAUUAGUCGUUAAAGAACCCGCAAAACCAGAUGUAACUGGAAACAAAUCUGGUUCAAAUCAAGAAAAUCCACGAAACAAGUCAAAAUCAGAAAAAACCUGUUGUUCAUAUGGUCGAGUGUCCACACAAGAUGAAGAAAAUGAUACAGCUGUACACAGUUCUUCUUCUAGUCGAUUUUCCACAAAAGAUGGAAAAAGUGAUACAAAUAUGAAGAGUGGUUCACCUGGUGGAGCACCCACAAAAGAUGAAGAAAAUGACACAAAUGUACACCGGUAUUCUGCACCUGGUCGAUUUUUCACAAAAGAUGGAAAAAGCGAUAAAAAUGUAGAGAGUUCUUCACGUGGUCGAGUGAACACAAAAGAUGAGAAAAGUGAUACGAAUGAAAACAGUUGUGCACCUGGUGGAGCGGGGGAACCAAAAGCAGAAAGGUUUAAAAGAAACGAGGUGGAGAAAUUGAAAAUAUGGUGCAUUGUUGAACCAGGGUUGAGACGUCCAUAA